ACGGUCUGUGGUUGGCGAUGUCCAACUUUUUCAUCUAAAUCUCAGUUCAGCGUUGAUCUUCACUUGAAUUGGACGUUAGUCAUUUUGUUACAGCAAGCAUCAGUUCGAAAGAUGCGUCAUUUAGUGAUAGUGACAGCAGUACUGCUGGCAGUGGCUGUCGUGCAAGCGCUUCCAGCCAAGGAUAAGCCGGCCAAGAAUACAUGCCAGAAGGCAUGUACGUUCGACUACACGCCAGUUUGUGGUGGUGUGAAGAACAGCAAGGACAAACCUCUAUCAUUUGGUAAUACAUGCGUGCUUGACAAUUACAAUUGCGAAAAUCAAAAGAGUUUAGUCGUACUAUCGCAAGGUGAAUGUCCCGGAGGUGGUGGUGUGAGAUUGCAAUAAAAUUUAUCACGAACUGGAACUGCUCGUCUAUACUAUGGAUAACCUUUUGAUCUACGAGUCAUUUUUAAAGGAAUAAAGAUUUGUAAUGCACCGACA